AUGUCAUUUCUUGCCCCAGCAAAUUUGGUUCCCGGAGAAACACAAACAACAAAAGUUGCACAAAAUGGACUUGCCUCUCAUGCAACGUUUACCGUUAAAGCUGGACUGGCUCAAAAUUUAAAGGGAGGAGUUAUAAUGGACGUAAUUGACGCAAAACAAGCUCGAAUCGCUGAGGAAGCCGGUGCUUGUGCUGUCAUGGCAUUAGAACGUGUACCCGCUGAUAUCAGAAAACAAGGUGGUGUUGCUCGAAUGUCAGAUCCAAAGAUGAUUAAAGAAAUUAAAGAAGCUGUCACGAUUCCAGUGAUGGCUAAAGUAAGAAUUGGUCAUUUUGUUGAAGCUCAGAUUUUGGAGUCCAUUGGUAUAGACUAUAUUGAUGAAUCUGAAGUGCUUACACCAGCUGAUGAUGAAAAUCACAUAAAUAAGCAUAAUUAUAAAGUUCCUUUUGUGUGUGGCGCAAAGAAUUUAGGCGAGGCACUUCGACGUAUUGCUGAGGGAGCUGCAAUGGUACGAACUAAAGGUGAAGCCGGCACGGGAAAUGUGGUGGAAGCCGUACGUCACAUGAGGACCAUUACCCGUGAGAUUCGAAGAGCCUCUUCAAUGAGCGAAGAUGAACUGUUUUCUUAUGCCAAAGAAUUACAAGCGCCAUAUAAUUUGUUGAAAGAAACUGCUAAACUUAAAAGACUUCCUGUUGUAAAUUUUUCCGCGGGUGGUGUGGCAACACCAGCAGAUGCCGCUCUGAUGAUGCAGCUUGGAUGCGAUGGAGUUUUUGUUGGUUCUGGUAUAUUUAAAUCCGGUGAUCCUGCCAAAAGAGCUAAAGCUAUUGUUCAGGCUGUUACCCACUACAAUGAUCCUAAAAUUUUGGCAGAAGUAUCAGAAGAUCUCGGUGAAGCAAUGGUUGGUAUUAAUAUUGAUACAUUAUCCAAUGAUCAGCUUUUAUCCAAGAGAGGAUGGUAA